AUCUUAUGGUCGCGGACAUUGCCACAACCUUCACCUGUUGAAGUUGGCUUAAAGGUGUGCAAUGCACCCUUACAUCGACGUACAUGCGUCGAUGCAACAAUUUUCUUCUCAGUUUGUAAAACAAAUUCUGUAAAAUGCAAGCAAGGGUUCAACUCCUGUCAACUGCUUCUCGGCGGCUUGCGGCCGUGGAGAGGGGCACUUUGCGACAGCGCCAAUUCCCACGAACCUUGACAGUUACUCCGCGAGUAACGGCGGCGACAAAUUCUUUACACAUCUUGCCUACCGUUACGGCUCGAGCAUAUUCUAAUGGCAGGCCACACCCACCUGGUGGUACCCACCGCAUGAACCUUGGAGGCGAACCUGAGAAGCCGGCGCUCGAGCAAUAUGGAGUCGAUUUGACGGCGAGGGCGAGUGCGGGCAAGCUGGAUCCUGUUAUCGGUAGGUCGGCUGAGAUACAGCGCACCAUACAGAUCCUCUCCCGCCGAACGAAAAACAAUCCUGUCCUCAUUGGAAGCGCCGGUGUUGGCAAGACUGCUGUUCUCGAAGGGCUGGCCCUCGAGAUCGUGCGCGGUGCCGUUCCAGAGAGUAUUAAGAACAAGAGGGUGAUCACCCUCGACCUCGGAUCUCUCAUCGCCGGUGCGAAGUUUAGGGGUGACUUCGAAGAGCGGCUAAAAAAGGUACUCACGGAAGUCCAACAAGCGAACGGGGAGGUUAUCCUUUUCAUCGACGAGCUUCACACUCUUCUCGGACUGGGCAAGGCGGAAGGCUCUAUCGACGCAUCAAACCUCCUGAAGCCGGCCCUCUCGAGGGGAGAACUACAAUGCUGCGGCGCCACGACUCUCGCCGAAUAUCGCCAGAUUGAGAAGGACGUCGCUUUGGCCAGACGGUUCCAACCAAUUCUCGUCGGUGAGCCAACGGUACAAGACACGAUCAGUAUCCUCCGCGGUAUCAAGGAAAAAUAUGAGGUCCAUCACGGCGUCCGUAUCACCGACGGCGCCCUCGUUGCCGCUGCAACCUACUCGAACCGCUACAUCACCGACCGCUUCCUCCCCGACAAAGCAAUCGACUUAAUGGACGAAGCCGCUAGUUCGCUGAGAUUACAACAAGAGAGCAAGCCCGAAGAUAUUUUACGCCUCGAUCAGAAGAUUAUGACCAUCCAGAUCGAACUUGAAAGCCUACGGAAGGAAAAAGACGUUGCGAGCAAGGAACGGCGGGAGAAGCUCGAGGAGGACCUGAAGAAGUGUCAGGAAGAGGAACAAGCCUUGACGGGCAAGUGGGAGAAAGAAAAGGCUGAAAUUGAUGCCAUCAAGCAAACGCAAGCCGAGCUCGACAAAGCUCGGGUUGAGCUAGAGCUGGCGCAGAGAGAUGGCAAUUUUGCAAAGGCGUCCGAGCUAAGAUUUGGCACCAUACCCAACCUCGAGCAAAAGUUGCCGAAGGACGGCGAGAAACCGGAAGGCGAGAGCACACUGAUCCACGACUCGGUCACAGCUGAUGACAUUGCCAAUGUUGUCUCGAGGAUUACCGGCAUCCCGAUAUCGAAGUUGACGAGCGGCCACACGGAAAGGCUCAUCCACAUGGAGGAUAUCCUCAGGGAGUCUGUCCGCGGCCAAGACGAGGCGCUCAAGGCUGUUGCGGAUGCAGUACGGAUGCAGAGAGCCGGCCUCAGCGGCGAGAAUAGGCCUCUCGCGUCUUUCUUCUUCCUCGGUCCUACCGGCGUCGGCAAGACGGAAUUAUGCAAGAAACUCGCCAGCUUCCUCUUCUCCACCGAGACUGCCGUCGUCCGCUUCGACAUGAGCGAGUUCCAAGAGAAGCACACCAUCUCACGCCUCAUCGGCGCGCCCUCUGGCUACGUGGGCUACGAAGACGCCGGCCAGCUGACAGAAGCCGUUCGGCGCAAGCCAUACGCGGUGCUCCUAUUCGACGAAUUCGAGAAGGCGCACCGUGACAUCUCAGCCCUGCUCCUCCAGGUCCUAGACGAAGGCUACCUGACCGACGCGCAGGGCCACAAGAUCGACUUCCGGAACACCAUCAUCGUCCUGACCUCCAACCUCGGCGCCGACAUCCUCGUGGGCGCCGACCCGAUCCACCCCUACCAGGAAACCGAAGACGGCGACAUCCACCCCGAGGUCAAGAACGCCGUCAUGGACGUGGUCGCCGCGCAGUACCCGCCCGAGUUCCUCAACCGCAUCGACUCCUUCAUCGUCUUCAAGCGGCUCGCCCUCGGCGCGCUGCGCGACAUCGUCGACAUCCGGCUGCGCGAGCUGCAGGCGCGCCUGGACGACCGCCGCAUCGCCCUCGCCGUGCCCGACGACGUGCGCCAGUGGCUCGCCGAGCGCGGCUACGACCCCAAGUUCGGCGCCCGCCCGCUCAACCGCCUCAUCACCACGCAGAUCGGCAACGGCCUGGCGGACAAGAUCAUCCGCGGCGAGGUGAAGGCCGGCGACAACGCCGUGGUGGCGCUGAAUCCGGAUAAGAGCGGCUUGAGUAUUGUGGCGCGGCAGAGCGCCGAACAGGAGGAGGCGUGAGGUUAUGAGGUUGAUUGGUUAAUGAUUAAUGACAGCGGGCUAGUAGUGUAUAAAAUUGUAUAUUUGAGCUAGGAAUCGCCACUUCGUCGAUUGGAAACAAGAGUCUAGCAGAGAGAGGGGAGCAUUUAUAGGGCGUUUAAAAGGAGGCGUCUCGCGGACGGUGCAUGGCUCUUGUAUGUACAUACAAUCAAAACGGAUACAGUACAAUACCACUCCAAGUUACAAGU